AUGUGGUGUAAUUCACCUAUCACGGUUAUAUUCCUCGCCGCAUUUCCAUUAUUGGCGAUAGCAGAACUUCCCGAAAUACCCGAAGGCGCGAAUUUCGCGUACCAUAUUGAAGGAGAUGCGAUAAUUAGAGAUCGACUAGUACCCAAGACCAUCGACGGGUGGGGCAAACACCCAGGCACUCGCUACCCAGAGCCCUGUUUCCCUCUCAUGAAUACCGAAACUAGAAGGAUAUAUACUUUCGGGCAUGUCACAAAGUUGGCUCUUAACGCAGCAUUCUACGAUAUUCCGAACCGGGAUGAUGAUAUCAAAUUCGAGUUUUUCCAAGAUGACGAAUGCAGAAUACCUAACCAUCCACGAAUGCUCUACAUUAAUGGAGAAUAUGAAAUACCUGAAGAGAUCAAAACGCGAAUGGGAAGUCUUAUCUUAAUAGAUCCAUUAAGUUUGACUUUCGCGAGAAACCCGUACCCGUAUUCCUUUUGGAGAGUUAAUGCUUCGGAAAAUGUACUCGUGAAGUCUAAGGAGAACUGGGAUCGGGAUCGAAGGCUGUUUGACGAAGUGACAACUGAUCUUUCGGCUGGGAACCAAGAGCGCUCUUGUACGAUCUGCUUGAAUUCACUUGUUGAGAAAGAACCGUCAACCGUGUUGCUGGGGGAUUGUGGACAUUCUUAUCAUGGGCCGUGUUUGGAUCGAUGGGCUGCUGCACACCCAGAGAGAAAUCCUCGAGAUCCAGUGGAAUUUAAACGGAGGACUGGGUUUCCACUAGCUCAACUGACACCCUGUCCUACCUGUCGUAAACCACUGAAUCGUAGAAAGAUGGCGAGAAUCCCGACUCAAGUAGCUGAAGAAGAAGAGAGGAAAGAAGAAGAGCCACGGGGCAUAAGGGACCCACGGGAUAAUAUACGAGAUGAGCCUAUCCUACGCGGCACCCCUGAGCGGCGACGGAAUGACCCUAUGAACGUCAAUAUUUACAACGAUUACUCAUCCACUAUCGGCCCACCAUCCUUAUUUACUACUCCUGGUAGCGACCUCGAGGACCUCGUUAACGCAGAAUAUAUGGAUGAAAAGGCGAGGGGCGCUUCACGGGUGAAAAGACCUGCUAACUAUGAUUUUCAAUCGAGUUUUGUUGGAAAUAAUCCUCUGGUACUUCCCGAGGACUAUACCAGUGAAGUUUUAGAGGCGCCGUUUAACAUACAAGGUCCUGAGGUUCAAUUGACAGAGAACCCGGAGACAAACAAUAGUCCAUUUGUACCGAAUCCUCUUGAUGAGGGUAUUUCUGGUUUUAAUGGCAUUGGACGCUCGCUUCGAUCCGGUCAACUAGGUUAA